AUGCUGCUAGCUGACAUCAAGCAGAUGUACAGACAAAUUCUCGUCGACGAAGGUGACACCCCCUUGCAGCGAAUAGUGUGGCGAACCUCACCCGAGGCACCAAUGCAGACCUACGAACUGAAGACGGUGACGUAUGGGACAGCGAGCGCUCCCUACUUGGCUACGAGAGUACUGCAACAGCUGGCAGAGGAUGAUAAUGAGAGGUUCCCCCGGGCAGCGAAAGUUCUCAGAAGGGACUUUUACGUCGACGAUCUUUUCUCUGGGGCCGAUUCUAUCCAAGACGCCAUCAAUCUCCAAAAACAGCUUGACCAGUUACUUCGCAAGGGAUGCUUCGAGCUUCGCAAAUGGGCUUCCAACGUAGCAGCUGUUCUUAAGGAUGUCUCUCCAGAAAACCGGGCGGUCCAAUCUUCUGUAGAUCUCGACCGAGAUCAGUGCCUGAAAACGCUUGGCUUACACUGGGAGCCAGCACCGGAUCACCUACGCUACCGAAUCAAUCUUCCAGAGUCUCCACCGGAACAACCGUUGACCAAACGCAUCGCACUUUCACAUAUUGCUCGCCUUUUCGAUUCCCUCGGACUGCUGGGUCCAGUAGUCACUUCCGCUAAGCUUUUCAUGCAAGCCCUGUGGGGCUUGAAAAACGACGACGGUAAAUGCUGGGACUGGGACCAAGAACUUCCGUCUGCGGCCACAUCAUUUUGGAAAUCGUACCUCUCCCAACUUAUCCUACUUAACGAACUUCGAAUAGAACGUUGCAUUUUGCAUUCAAAUCCAAACUCAGUGCAACUUCACAUCUUCUCCGACGCCUCUGAGCGUGCAUACGGCGCAUGCGCUUAUGUUCGUUCCACCGAUUCUUCAGACCUCGUAAAAGUUGCACUUCUGACGGCUCGAUCAAAAGUCGCACCCCUGCAUCAUCAAAGUAUCCCACGUCUCGAGCUCUGUGGUGCACUCAUUGCCGCCGAACUUUACAAGAAAAUCAUGCUAUCGCUUCAGCUUCAACCAGAAACCUUCUUCUAG